AUGUCGUCCACCACCACCUACGGACGCAAUCGCCAAUCUAUCGUAGACCUCGAACGCGAAAUCGACGACCUCUUUCGCCGACAUCCUCAGUCCACGUCCGACGACGGCGGCGACCCCACCAUACCCGGUCAUGCCCUCGUAGACAUUCUACGGACAUUCUCGCACAACCACAAUGCUUUGGAGCUCAUGACUCGCGAAGAGGAAGAACAGCUCAUUGACCUCAUCGAGACCAAUCCCGGCCUCGCCGUCACACCACGGGUAUUGCUCGCGUUCAUCGCGCAGAGGACGACGGCCGGCCCCGGCGAUGGUCGAGAGGGGACACCUGAAGACGAUGCAGAGGCCAUGGCGAGAGCAAGACAAGAAGACCUCACCGAGUACGAGCACGACAACCACUCCCGCUCGUCCAGCCCAGAAUCCAUUGGUACUUCAGUCUAUCGACCACCCAGUCGGUCGUCAUCAGCGGAGCCGCCUCUAGUGCCGCCAAAAACGCCAAUGCGCGACUCCCCUUUCGAUGCCACCCGGCGGCGGCGGACCACCCCGCUGUCCAAUGCGCCGACCAGCUGGACGCGACGGCCGCCCCCACAGCGCCGGAGCAGUGACGCCGGAGCUCCUGGACGCGACUUGAGUGAUUCAGAGACCUCUAUUUCGGCACCACCUGUGGCCUACUCGCGCUCGCAGGGGUCCACUGCCGGGCGGGUGCGCUCUCCCUCCAACCCGACGUCCCCAGACCCGUACUUUGCACGCCAAUCCGGGUCGGCCUCCCCCGUCAGCGUCGGCUCCUACUCGCGCCCCCACUCGCGCUCCAGGUCGCACGGACACUUUAGCAGCCUGGACGGCUUCGCGCUCCGCCACCGAUCCGUCUCUCCCGAGAGCGACGGCGGCGGCUACUACCACCACCACCGCCACCACCAUCAGCAGCACGAGCACGCGACGACGGGGCUGAUGUCGCCGCCGCCGAGCGACCGCGACAUGUCGGACCUGUCCUUCGAGGUCGACGACCGGCCGCUCUCGGCGCUUCCUCUCCCGUCGCGCGCGCGCAACUCGGACGACGAGGGCCUGUACGGCGACGACGAUGACGACGACGACGACCCGACGCUGCUGCGCCUGCACGAGCGGCUGUCGACGACGUCGACGGUGUCGCUCGACAUGGCGGAGCGCGCCGAGGCGCUGCAGCGGGUGAACGACGAGCUGCGGCGCAAGCUGAGCGACACGGAGGACAACCUCCAGCGGCGGCUCGCCGAGCGCGAGGCGGAGAUCGAGGACAUGCACCUGCGGCUCGACGAGCUCCGCAGCGAGCUCGGCGGCGCGCGCCGCCAGGAGAAGGAGCUCAAGGCCAAGGAGCGCUCGAGCUUCACGCAGAUCCAGGGCCUCGAGCAGAGCAUCGCCCAGCUCUCGAGGAGCCUCGAGAACUCGCGGCUGGCGUACCAGAACCUGAACCUGCAGUAUGCCGAGCAGUGCG